AUGCUUGACAGUAAACCUUGUGAUACCCAAGUUACCAAAGGAGCUAGAGUCUCUAUACAUGAUGGAACUAAGUUAGAUAAUGCUAGUGAGGAUAGAACUAUUGUUGGCAGUUUGCAGUACUUGACUAUCACAAGACCAGAUAUCUGUUUCGGUGUAAAUUACGUUUCUCAGUUUAUGCACUCACCCACAAAUGUUCAUUUUCAACUAGUAAAAAGGAUAUUGAGAUAUUUGAAGGGUACAUUGGGUUUUGGUAUUACAUUAAAGAAGGAUAGUUUAUAUUCUUUGAAGGCCUAUUCAGACUCAGAUUGGGCAGGAUGCCCAAAUAGAAGAAGGUCAACAUCAGGGUUUGCAGUAUUCUUGGGUUGUAAUUUGAUUUCUUGGUCUUCUAAAAAGCAAACUACUGUGUCUAAGUCUUCAGCUGAAGCUGAAUACAAGUGUAUGUCUGUUGCUUCUGCAUAA